GCGACACAGUCAAGUUUGAAUCGUCGGAGUAUCGGGUGUUCUUAGCGGAGCGUAGUUACUGAGCUUUUAUUACUUAUUUAAAAUUGUUAUCCGCUGAAACCGCACACUUCCGACUUUUCAGUUGUUCGCUAUUAUAGUGAUAGUUACCGUUCCGUGAUUUGGAAAAAUUUAAAACAACAAAUCAAUCUUUAUAAACAAAUAUAUUAGCAAUGGACGUAGAAGAAUUUCGCGUACGUGGAAAGGAGAUGGUGGAGUACAUAUGCCAAUACCUUGGAAAUAUGGAGUCGAAGAGGGUGACUGCAGAUGUAGACCCUGGUUACCUUCGUCCCUUGCUUCCAAGUGAAGCUCCGGUAAAGCCGGAAUCCUGGGACGACAUCAUGAAGGAUGUGGACAGCAAAAUUAUGCCAGGGAUAACGCAUUGGCAGCAUCCACGCUUUCACGCCUAUUUUCCAUCAGGAAAUUCGUUCCCAUCUAUCUUAGGAGAUAUGCUUUCCGACGCAAUCGGUUGCAUUGGUUUCUCCUGGGCAGCAAGUCCUGCUUGCACAGAAUUGGAGACCGUGGUGCUCGACUGGUUUGCAAAGGCAAUGAAUCUACCUGAAGAGUUCCUUUCUGAAAAGAUCACAUCUAAGGGUGGUGGAGUAAUCCAGAGCUCUGCUUCAGAGUGCAUAUUAGUCACAAUGUUAGCUGCAAGAAACCAGGCAAUUCGGAUGCUUCAGGAGCAGGAUCCGGGCACAGAAGAUUCUGCAUUUCUUCCAAAGUUAGUCGCCUACUGCUCAACAGAAUCACAUUCGUGUGUGGAAAAAGCUGCAAUGAUCAGUCUCGUAAAGCUCCGGGUGUUAGAACCCGAUGAUAAAUGCUCUCUUCGAGGCGAGACCUUGGCAGCUGCACUCAGAGAAGAUGUCGAGAAAGGUUUGGUGCCUUUCUUCGUAUCAACUACCCUUGGGUCGACUGGAUGCUGCUCUUUUGAUAAUCUUCAAGAGAUUGGACCUGUCUGCAAAGAGUAUCCUAAUCUCUGGCUCCAUGUCGACGGCGCCUAUGCAGGAAACUCCUUCAUCUGUCCAGAGCUUCGGCCACUUAUGGCUGGUAUAGAGCACGCGGAUUCAUUCAACACAAACACAAACAAAUGGCUUCUUGUCAAUUUCGAUUGUUCCUGCUUGUGGGUCAGGGACCGCGUUAAGUUGACCUCAGCACUUGUCGUGGAUCCGCUUUACUUACAACAUGCAAACUCUGGAGAGUCGAUUGACUACAGACACUGGGGAGUACCCUUGAGUCGAAGAUUCAGAGCCCUGAAGUUGUGGUUUGUUAUCCGAAGCUAUGGAAUCAGUGGACUCCAGAAUUACAUUAGAAAUCACAUUAAACUUGCCAAGAGAUUCGAAGCUCUGAUGGCCAAAGAUACCAGAUUUGAAAUCGUCAAUGAUGUCAGGGUAGGACUCGUAUGCUUCAGACUUAAGGGCACUGAUGCUCUGAACCAAGAGCUUCUGGCGAAUAUAAAUUCAUCUGGCAAACUUCACAUGAUACCUUCUCGUGUUAAGGGCCAAUAUAUCCUAAGAUUUUGCGUAGUACGAGAACAUGCCACAGAGGAGGACAUCGACUAUGCAUUUGAUGUUAUUGAGGAACACUCAACAGAGGUACUCCUUGCCUACCUGGAAAGACCACAGACCCCAGAAAUUAUGAUCAAGAGUCCAAAGAGCCCACCACCACUCACCAAGCAACUAACAAGAAGAUUCAGCUUCACCAGAAGUGUCUCCAGAGAUGUGUACAGAAGGUCUCUAUCAAAGUCAAGCCUUCACGAUGGUGCCACACCUCUCAUGGUUGUUGAGGAUCAUCCACAAGUUGAUAUCAUCGAGGAGGAUGUCUUCUGCAACAGCCGAUAGAACACGUUCCGGCUCUCGGUACCACGAAAAAGAGAACAUCUUUUAUCGCUACCGUGAGCUGUGGGCUGCCCGUGAAGCUUUGUAUGAAGCAUUCUUGCUUGAAGAAAAUUGGACUGUGACCGAUACUAUGACUAUGACAACCAUAAUUUGUAUCACAAUAUUUCAGUGCCGCUACAUACGAGUAUCGAGACUCUUUCAUGUUGCAAAUAAGAUAUGUGAUCAGAUGAAUGUGCAAAGAAGCGUACAAUAAGAAUUUUUUAUUUAAGGACACAGGAUCAAAAAUGUGCCAACUGCCCCAGCAUCCACUAUCGAUUAUUGAUAAAUCUAACAUGUGGAUGCGAUUAUUUGUGAAGAGAUUUGUCAGAUUUUUAAGGUUACUAUAUAAGAAUAGAUAUAAUUAUUUUGAUGUUAAUUAUUUAUCAUCUGCACAAAUAGCAAUACACAAUAAAUAUCUAAUAGACAAUUGAAA